AUGGAUCCUCCAUUGGUAAGCGAGACCUCUUUUUCUGCAGCCAACCCAUCUUCCUACACGUUAACUGAGAUUUGGCCUUUUCCACCUUCUUCUUCAACUGCUUUGGGCCUCCGGAUGGGUAAUUUGGCCGACCGAGAUGGGUCCAUUGAGGAAUCCACUGUGACAGAGCAGAGCGGUGGAAAUGGAAAUGGAACUAGGAAGACUAGAGAUUUGAGUUCCGAGGAGGAUUAUUCCUCUAAAAUAGUUUCUACUACCACUAGUGCCAAUGAUUUGAAUGAUUCGAAUGGUAAGCGGAGGAAAAUAUCUGGAUCAAGGAGUGAAAACAACAAUUCAAGAGCUGAAAUAGAAGCAAGUUCUGGUGCUAAUAACAAGCCAGCUGAACAAAGCAGUAAACCAUUGGAGCCGCCUAAGCAAGACUACAUUCAUGUCAGAGCAAGAAGGGGCCAAGCGACUGAUAGCCACAGUUUAGCGGAGAGAGCUCGGAGAGAAAAGAUUAGUGAGAGGAUGAAGAUACUCCAAGAUUUGGUCCCCGGGUGUAAUAAGGUUAUCGGUAAAGCAAUUGUCCUUGAUGAGAUAAUUAAUUACAUCCAGUCACUCCAACGUCAGGUUGAGUUCCUCUCAAUGAAGCUAGAAGCAGUAAAUUCAAGUACGAACUCAAGCCCCAUGAUUGAAGGCCUUCAUCUGAAAGACCUUGGUGCGCAGCCACUUGAUGCUACUGGAAUGGUAUUUGGCCCACAACAAACAAGAGAAUAUGUUCAAGGAUCCCAAUCUGAAUGGCUACAUAUGCAGGUUGGCGGAAGUUUUGAAAGAGCAACGUAA